AUGCUUGCCCCCGAUAAUAAGUUCCAAUUCUUCCUAUCUGAUGACUGGGAUAAACAAUGGCGCGACCUCUACCGGAAAUCCUUCCAAGAAGCCCUGGUUCCUUAUCAAGAACGUCUCUCUACUCUUCAAGGCUCUGCAACCACCCCUACCGCAGCAAGACCAAGCUCAAGGCUUAAUAAGAUGUUGAAUGGGCACAAACCACAGGCAAAGCCAGUUAGGGAUGAAAUAACUCAAUAUCUUGACAGCGAUACUAUCGAUGUGGAGCCCCUUCAAUUCUGGAGAGACAAUGAAUAUCGAUUUCCAGCUAUUGCAGCCCUUGCACGGGAUAUUCUCUCUAUUCCAGCAACAGGCGCUGGUGUUGAACGACUUUUAAUACUGCUCGAGAUAUCUGUCAUUACCGCCGCGGUCGGAUGA